GGAGAAGCCAAGAAAAAAAAUCCCCCUCUCAAAAACCCGAAGCGGAUUAUCCGCGUUCGCCGUCACCCGGAGCGCGAUUGAAAAUCUCUCGCCCCGCUUCUGUGGCCGGUAGAAGCACUCAGCAGCAGCAUCAUCAUCAUCAUCAGCUGCAGCAGCAGUCGCUUUAUGAGCAUCAUGCGGGCGCCGGGUCGGACCCCAGCGCCCCGUAGCAUCAUCAGCAACGCCGCCGCCACCACCAGCACCACAGCCGCUGUUACCAUCAUCAUCAGCAGCACCACCUUCACCUUCAUCAUCUCUCGCGGCGACGGGGGCGGAGGCGGAGAAUCGGUGGCAGCAUCAUCGGCAGCAGCGUUAAAACUAGCACCAUCAGCACCAUCAGCAGUGUCAUCAGCAGCAGCAUCAUCAUCAGCAGCAGCAUCAUCAGCAGUAUCAUCAUCAGCAGUGUCAUCAGCAGCAGCAUCAUCAUCAGCAGUAUCAUCAUCAGCAGCAUCGGCAGCAGGACUGGCGCUCCUGCCAGAAGUCUGGGCGGCAGUGUUGGCUGGCAGCGCGCAGCACCGGCAGAAGCAGCAUCAGCAGUCGACACCACCACCACCAACACCACCAACUACAACAGCAGCAGCAGCGGCGCAGCAAUGAGCAGCUGCAGGUACAACGGGGGUGUCAUGAGGCCCAUGUGCAACUCCAGCGUGGCGAGGAAGGGCGAGUCUCUGAACCAGGAUCCAGAAGCUCAGAGGCUCCAGCCAGAACUCGUGGCUUCUCAGUCGCCGGUGGUGUCGAGUGGUGACUCGGGCGGCGGUGUUGGUGGUAUUGGUGGUGGUGGAACAGCAGCAGCGGCGACCGUGGGUGGCAGGAUCGAGCAGACGAACCCCAUUCGCCCACCACCAGCAGCGGCGGCGGCGGCGGCUGCCGGGCCCGCCUCGAGGUCCGUGUCCAUCUCGAAGGAGGAGAAACCCAAAAAACACAACAUCGGCUACCGCCUGGGACUCCGGCGGGCGCUCUUCGAGAAGCGGAAACGGCUGAGCGACUACGCGCUCAUAUUCGGCAUGUUCGGCAUCGUGGUGAUGGUGAUCGAGACGGAGCUGUCGUGGGGGGUUUAUACGAAGACGUCGAACAUCUCUCUCGCGCUCAAGUGCCUCAUCAGCCUGUCCACCCUCAUCCUGCUGGGACUCAUCGUGGUCUACCACGCACGCGAGAUACAGCUCUUCAUGGUGGACAACGGCGCGGACGACUGGCGCAUCGCCAUGACGUGCGAGCGCAUCUUCUUCAUCGCUCUCGAGCUGUCGAUCUGCGCUGUGCACCCCGUGCCGGGCCACUACACGUUCACGUGGCGGGCCCGGCUCGCCUUCACGCACGACGCCUCGCAGGUGGAGGCCGACGUCGACAUCGUCCUCUCCAUCCCCAUGUUCCUGCGGCUCUACCUGAUCGCGCGCGUCAUGCUGCUCCACAGCAAGCUGUUCACGGACGCGUCGUCACGCAGCAUCGGCGCCCUCAACAAGAUCAACUUCAACACGCGCUUCGUCAUGAAGACGCUCAUGACCAUCUGCCCCGGCACCGUGCUGCUCGUAUUCAGCAUCUCGCUGUGGAUCAUCGCCGCGUGGACGGUGCGCGCGUGCGAGAGGUAUCAUGACACCAAGGACAUCACCAGCAACUUCCUGGGAGCCAUGUGGCUCAUCUCCAUCACGUUCCUCUCCGUGGGCUACGGUGACAUGGUCCCCCACACGUACUGCGGACGUGGGGUGUGUCUCCUCACCGGUAUCAUGGGCGCCGGCUGCACGGCGCUCGUCGUAGCGGUCGUUGCGCGCAAGCUGGAGCUCACCAAGGCCGAGAAGCACGUGCACAACUUCAUGAUGGACACGCAGCUCUCCAAGAGGAUCAAGAACGCGGCGGCCAACGUGCUGCGCGAGACGUGGCUCAUCUACAAGCACACGAAGCUCGUGAAGAAGAUCGACCACUCGCGCGUGCGCAAACACCAGCGCAAGUUCCUGCAGGCGAUCCACCAGCUGAGGAGCGUGAAGAUGGAGCAACGGAAGUUGACGGAUCAGGCGAACACGCUGGUGGACAUGGCGAAGUACCAAAGCAUCAUGUACGACAUGGUGGUGGACAUGCACGAGCGGGGCGAGGACACGGAGCGCCGGCUCGCGGAGCUCGAGAGCAAGCUGGACGCGCUGGCAGGCGGCCUCCGCGAGCUGCCCGACCUCGUGGGCCACGCCGUGGGCCAGCGGCAGCGCGAGGCCCUCGAAGCGCAGCUCUCGCGCUUCCGGCAGCACCAACAGCAGCAGCAGCAGCAGCAGCAGCCAAACCACCAACAGCUCCACCACCAACAGCUCCUCCAUCAUCCACAGCAGCAGCAGCAGCAGCAGCUGGCGGCGGCGCCGGUGGCGGCGGCGGCGGCCGUGGCGUACGCCGGACACUUUGCCUGGCACCGGCAGGCGGGGCUGGACGACCCGGCGGUGGGGAUGUCUCCCCGCAGGAGGGCCCACUCGUCGUCCUCCUCCUCGUCGAUGGCGCCGCACACCUCGUCGGACAGCGCGUGACCUUCCCGUCUCUCCGGAGAGGGGUGCGG